AUGAGAUCCCCUUCCAGCACAUUUGUGGCUUUCGCCGAGUACUCGAUCAAGUGCGAGCGUCGCUUGCUUCCGCCAUGUUCCGACGACACUGAGGUUGUGCCUGAAGAAGUGAGCUUCCUUCCCUCGCCCACAAUGACCACGUGUUGCAAGCCUCAACGUGGAGUGAGGGUCGCUGCGGGUGGUGAGCAUGGCCCCGUUACCGUGCGUUUCGCCGCCGAGUACAGUGACGGCCUGCCUGGAAGGCAUCGCCCCCAUCAAGCGUCUCGGCCGCCAGACAAGAAGACGGCGCGCUGGGUGCGCGGCCGCCCGGCGGGGGCGCGCGAUCAAAACGGGCGCGCACGGCCACCUGUUGCGCGCCAAGGCCUCCCCGCGCGACUGCUGCAGAUUCAAGCCCCAUUUUAG